UUAACCUUUGACCUAGAGAAAUACGUCACUUUCUUCAGCUGCAUCGGACUGAUUGAUAAAAAAGAAUGGCUGGACCACAGGCAAAUGAUGCCCGAUUGUCUUUGGAAAUUCGUACAAAAUCUGUGGAGCAAACACUUAUUCCAUUAGUAACACAGAUUACAACCUUGGUAAACCACAAAGAGAGACCUCGAGUGACAGAGAAAACCACACAGGCCCUGGUUAGGGUCGGUCAAGCGGUGUGUUUGGCGGUGGAGCGGUUUGUGUCUGUAGGACAGACCAUUGCUGAUGAGAACCCUGAGAUCAGUACAGACAUGUGUCAGGCUUGUGUGGAAGCCAGAAAUGCAGGAGCCAGCAUUCAGCAGCUGACAGCGGGUGAUUCAGCCUCACACAGGAAUGGUAAACACAUUGCUGAGAAGACAGCUAUGGUCAGGGCGGCCCGGCAGUUGUUAUCAGCUGUUACCAAAGUCUUACUUCUAGCUGACAAAGUCAUUGUUAAACAAUUACUUAUAUCCAAAGACAAGGUGUCCAAUACACUAAAUGAACUGUACUCUGUAACAACAUUUACAGAUUUUGUAAACAUUUUCUCUCAGUUUGGAAAUGAGAUGGUAGAACUAGCUCAUCUAACUGGAGACAGACAGAAUGAUUUAAAAAGUGAGAAACACAGAGCUCAGAUGGGGGCAGCAAGGGCAGUGCUAGAGAAAUCCACCAUGAUGCUACUACCAUCCUGUAAGGUGUGUUUAAGGCAUCCAGAUUGUGAGACAGCCAAAGAAAACAGAGAGGGUGUGUUCAAACUAAUGAAGGGUGCACUAAGUAUGAUCCGUCACAUUGUCACAGAUGAGGGAGGGAACCAGGCCAAUGGAAAUGUAUCACCAGAACUUAAUGGUGAUUCAGGAAUAGGAUUGGACAAUUACUUCUCUGCUUGUAAAGCUUUCAAGGAGUUUGAGGAUCACGUUGAAAUGACCCGUGUGACGGGGGUUACCUCCAGUUGUAAGGAGAAGUUGAAUGGUGCCUUUGACUCCCUGGUGGAGACGAUACAGGAUUUUACAGACUCAGCCUAUACCUCUCACCAACACAGGGAAUCCAUCAUACAAAUGUGUGACAGACUUAAGUCAGAACUCAGUGCUUUACUCAGAACUUGUAAGAACCAAAGAAAUUCCCCAAAUCCUAGUCCUGAAAUGGAGACGGCCAUACUUAGGACUCUGACCGCAGCCAAAUCACUCAACAAACAGCUCCAAGACACUGCCACAGACCAGGCUUCAGAGUUGUUUAAAGCUAAUGAAGACCAUGAGAUUCUGAAACAUUUAAAGGCAGCGGGAAAUAGUGGGGACCAGCAAAGGGUGACAGAGAUGACAGUGAAGUUUGAGGAGCACAUGCAACAGCUGGAGGAGGUCUGCAAAUUAUUUCGUCAUAUAGCUACAAAUGAACAACUUGUUAUUGCUGCAGAACACAAUGAGUUUGUUUUGAAGAACUUAGGACCACUUACUCUCCUAGCUGCCCAGGCUUUGUCCAUGUAUCCUAACAGUAAGAUAGCACAGGAAAAUCUGGAUAUGUUUGCCGAGUCAUGGGAGACGCAGAUCAAUGACCUGUCAAUCAUGGUCAAGGAGAUCAAUGAUGUGUGUCAGGGAAGGGGAGAUAAACCAGUGUACAUGUCACUCCCAAGACCUGGGAAACAUGGUACUAACUCUCGUGGUGUGAGGCCUGUGAAGUUGGAUGCUGAGGAACAAGCUAAAAUAGCAAAACUUGGUCUGGAAAUGAAAUUAAUUACAUCAGAAAUGGAUGCAGAGACUGACAAAUGGGAGGAACCAGAUAAUGAUAUUGUCAAGCGUGCCAAGAACAUGUCUAGUAUGGCCUUUUCCAUGUACCUGUUUACCCGUGGAGAGGGACCACUAAAAACCACACAGGACCUAUUUAUCCAGGCGGAAUACUUCUCAUCAGAAGGCAAUAAACUGUACAAAACUGUCAGGGACUUCAGUGAUAAGGUGCCCUUGUGUGUUCACCGCGAGGAACUGAUGACACAUCUAGAGAGAAUCCCUGCUUGUUGCCAGCAGCUUCACUCCAUCCUUAGAACUCAGACGAGUGGGAAAACUGCCACAUUUAACAAGGUUGACAAUGCAAUCCAAGAAACAAAGAACUUGAUGAACAUUAUUGCAAAAGUUGUGACCACUUCAUUUGUGUGUGCAACAAAGUAUAAUAUAGACUACAGAAAAUCUCCCGGCUCAAGUCGUCGCUGGAGAAGCUCAGGUGAGGCCCGCUCAGCUACAAGCAGUGAUAACGAGUCUAUGUACAGUAGUUCUAUGUCAGACGGACUGAACAAAAGUUCAUCAUCCAAUAAACAGUUUUCUGCAAGCAACACUAGUCUGGAGCGACAACCCUCUGGUUCCAACUAGGAGCUCCA